AUGAGCCUCUAUGAUGUAGCCUUUACGGCUGCACUUCCGUCGCCAUCCCGCACACAGCCCACACAGCAGCGCUGGAAUGCCAGGGCUUCGUCAGAUCUGGCGAGCAGCAGAGAUCGGCAAGCACAGGCGAUGCUAGCAUCUGUGAGUGUUGGUGUGGGUGCCCUUGCAGCCUGCGCACCAAGGAGGCAGAGACCUUUUCCGAGGUCACUGACCAAGAGAAGAGCGUUCUUCGAUUUUGGAUCGCAGCCUCCGAAGAAGACGGUCAUUAUCACCGGCGCCUCCUCAGGUCUGGGACUUGCAGCCGCCAGAGAAUUGGCCAAGAGCGGAGAGUGGCGAGUGAUCAUGGCAUGCCGAGACUUCGUAAAGGCUGAGAAGGUGGCAAAGGAGAACAAUUUUCCUGAGGAGAACUUUCUUGUUUUGCAUUUGGACUUGGCUGCAAACAGCAGCGUGAGACAAUUUGUGAGCACAUUCCGCUCAUUGAACAUUGGGCUUGAUGCUUUGGUAUGCAACGCAGCUGUGUAUUUUCCAAACGCACACAAGGAGGGAGCAUUCUUUCCUGGGCUCUUCCCAGGUGGUGGACCAAGGUGGUCAGCAGAUGGCCACGAGUUGAGCUUCGCUACGAACUACUUAGGUCACUUCCUUUUGUGCAAUCUCUUGAUGGAAGAUCUCAAGAAGAGCUCUGUGAAACCGGCUCGCUGCAUUAUUCUUGGCACCGUCACUGCCAGCAUCAACGAUAAAGAGGUUGGAGGCAUGAUCCCUCCGAUCGCAGAUCUGGGACAGCUUCAAGGCCUGGAGUCGGGGAUGAAAAAGCCGACCACCAUGAUCGAUAAUGGUCGAUUCAAUGGAGCGAAGGCAUACAAGGAUAGCAAGGUGUGCGACGUGAUGCUCAUGCGAGAGCUCCACAAAAGAUACCAUGAGAGCACAGGGAUCUGCUUUUCAUCUCUCUACCCAGGUUGCAUCGCUGACACAAACUUAUUUAGAGAGCACUAUCCAGUAUUCAGGUUUUUGUUUCCCAUCCUACAGAAAGAGGUUACCAACGCGUAUGUCAGUGAAGAAGAGGCUGGCAGAAGGUUGGCAAAAGUUGUUUCAGAUCCAGGCUACGCUCAAUCAGGUGUGUACUUCAGCUGGGGUGGUGAGUCCGGAACUGGAGGUGCAGGUGGAACUGACGCGGUAGAGAACAUGGACGCCUCAAAUGACAGGUUCUUGCAGUACGGCAGCUUCCGAACUCUCAAAGAGAGCGAGAUUGGCGGAGAUGCUGGCGAUGAUGAAAGAUGUAAAAGGCUUUGGAAUCUUAGCGAGAAGCUGGUUGGAGAGCGCUUCUCCUGA